UCUUGAACAAAACAAAGUACUUGUUUCUCCCAUAAUGAAUUUCCUCUCAAAAUCAUCUGUUCUGCUUCUGUUUGUGCUUUGCUGCACCAGCUUCACUUCCACAGAAGCCUAUGAUCCUCUUGAUCCAAAUGGGAAUAUUACAAUCAAAUGGGACGUUGUGAACUGGACUUCUGAUGGCUAUGUAGCUGUCGUCACAAUCUACAACUACCAGCAGUAUCGCCACAUCGAAGCACCGGGUUGGUUAUUAGGAUGGACAUGGGCAAAUAAUGAGGUAAUAUGGAGCAUGUUUGGAGGCCAAACAACAGAGCAAGGAGAUUGUUCAAGAUUCAAAGGCAAAAUUCCACGUUGCUGUAAGAAGAGUCCAACAGUUGUAGAUUUAUCGCCGAGAACUCCUCGCAACCAAAAGAUUGCAAAUUGCUGCAAAGGGGGAUUAAUCAGCUCGAUGGUGCAAGAUCCAGCUCAUGCAGCAAGCUCAUUCCAGCUCAGUGUGGGUUCAGCUGGAAAUACCAACAAAACAUUCAGGAUACCCAAGAACAUCACUCUGAAUACACCAGGACCUGGUUAUGCAUGUGUUCCUGCAAAAAUUGUUAGACCUACUAGAUUUUUAUCUGCAGAUAAAAGGAGAAUCACACAAGCUUUGAUGACCUGGAAUAUUACAUGCACAUACUCACAAUUCCUGACUCGCAAGGCUCCUACUUGCUGUGUCUCUCUCUCAUAUUUCAACAAGGCAAUAGCUCCCUGCCCAACAUCUUCUUGUGGCCGCGGAAAAAACAAUACAGUUUCAAGGGGUUGUGUAGAUCCAAAAUCACCUCAUGUUCCAGGCCAAAGGAACAUCAUCACGCCUCUUGUCCAAUGCACGAGCCAUAUGUGCCCAAUCAAAAUUCAAUGGCGUCUUAAGCUCAACUACAAGGAUUACUGGAGAGUUACGAUCACAAUUACAAAUUUGAAUUAUCAUAUGAACUAUACACAAUGGAACUUAAUUGUUCAGCACCCCAAUUUCGACAAUUUGAUGCAGGUUUUCGGCUCUAAAUACAAAGCAUUAACUUCUCUUUCAACUACUAAUGAUACUGCCAUGCUGUGGGGAAUCAAGCACUACAACGGCGUGCUGAUGCAAGCUGGUCGUUAUGGUAUAGUUCGUUUAGAGUUGCUUUUCCGAAAAGACAAGGCAACUUUUACUUCCAAGAAGGGCUGGGCCUUCCCUCACAGAAUCUAUUUCAAUGGCGAUAGUUGUGUCUUGCCUCCUCCGUAUGCCCAUCCCCUGGUUGCCUAGUGCAGGUUCGACCACCUUAUUCCUCUCUCCUCGUUUACUCUAAUAAUGGCUUUCUUCAAUUUCCUUUUUUGCACUGGUUUACUUACAUAG